AUGGAGGGGUCAAGUAGCCUCCUCAGGGGUCAACCUCAGCAGAACAGGGGUCUGGGGUUCGAUGUCGAACAGUCAGACGGUGUCUGGGCUCGCCUGCUGGUCUACUAUAACAGUGAUCUCAGUGAGAACCAGAUUCAAGGGGUUCCCAGGAAAGCCUUCAGGGGAGCCGUAGAAAUAAAGAACCUCCAGCUGGAUUAUAACCAGAUCAGCUGUAUAGAGGACGGAGCGUUCAGAGCCCUACGAGACCUGGAAGUACUAACUCUGAACAACAACAAUAUAAGUCGUCUGUCGGUGGCCAGUUUCAACCACAUGCCCAAACUGAGAACCUUUCGUCUCCACUCCAACAACCUGUUGUGCGACUGUCACGUGGCCUGGUUGUCAGAGUGGUUGAGACAGCGUCCCCGUCUGGGUCUCUACACACAGUGCAUGUCUCCUCCUACCAUGAGGGGACACAACGUGGCUGAGGUCCAGAAGAAAGAGUUCGUAUGCACAGGCCACCAGUCCUCCCCCUCCUGCAGUGUUCUCCAGUGUCCGGACUCCUGUACCUGCAGUAACAACAUAGUGGACUGUAGAGGAAAGAGCCUUACUGAGAUACCUGGCAACCUGCCUGAGACCAUCACAGAGAUUCGGUUGGAACAGAAUUCUAUCAAAGCUAUUCCUGCUGGAGCCUUCUCUCCUUACAAGAAGCUACGCAGAAUAGAUCUCAGUAAUAACCAGAUAUCAGAACUGGCACCAGAUGCUUUCCAAGGCCUGAGAUCUCUCAACUCUCUGGUGCUCUACGGGAAUAAGAUCACGGAAAUCUCCAAGGGAUUGUUGGAGGGACUGUUUUCUCUUCAGCUACUGCUGUUGAAUGCUAAUAAGAUAGCGUGUCUGCGUGUCGAUGCCUUCCAAGACCUCCACAACCUCAACUUGCUCUCCCUAUACGACAACAAACUACAGACCAUCGCUAAGGGAACCUUUGCUUCACUACGAGCCAUACAGACCCUCCACCUGGCCCAGAACCCGUUUAUCUGUGACUGCCAUCUGAAGUGGCUGGCAGACUACCUCCAAGACAACCCGAUUGAGACCAGCGGAGCUCGCUGUACCUCCCCCCGUCGCCUCGCCAACAAACGCAUCGGACAGAUCAAGAGCAAGAAGUUCCGCUGUUCAGGUACGGAGGACUACCGCAGUAAACUGGGAGGAGACUGUUUUGCCGACCUGGCCUGUCCUGAAAAGUGUCGAUGCGAAGGGACCACGGUUGACUGUUCCAACCAGAAGCUGACCAAGAUACCUGAACACAUCCCUCAGUACACACAGGAACUUCGUCUGAACAACAAUGAGUUUUCAGUGCUGGAGGCGACCGGGUUCUUUAAGAGGCUGCCUCAGCUCAAGAAGAUUAACCUCAGUAACAACCGUAUCAGUGACAUAGAGGAGGGGACAUUUGAAGGAGCGACGGGAGUCAAUGAGUUGAUCCUGACUUCUAACAGACUGGAAAACAUCCACCAGGGCAUGUUACAGGGUCUCAACGGACUACGCACACUUAUGUUGAGGAGUAAUCGUAUUAGGUGUGUUAGUAACAGCAGCUUUGUGGGUCUGAGUUCUGUCAGACUGCUGUCACUCUACGACAACCUGAUCACCUCUAUGACCCCGGGAGCCUUCGACACACUACACGCGCUGUCCACACUUAACCUGCUGGCCAAUCCCUUCAACUGUAACUGCCACCUGGCAUGGCUUGGUGAUUGGCUGAGGAGGAAGCGUAUCGUCACGGGCAACCCCCGCUGUCAGAACCCUUACUUCCUGAAAGAGAUCCCUAUACAGGAUGUAGCCGCACAGGACUUCAGCUGCGACGAUGGUAAUGAUGAGAACAGUUGUAGUCCAGUGUUGAGGUGUCCUGCCGAAUGCAGCUGUCUGGAUACAGUGGUCCGCUGUAGUAACAAGGGCCUCAGCACCCUGCCUAAAGGACUGCCCAAGGACACCACAGAACUGUAUCUGGAUGGUAACCAGCUCACACAAGUUCCAGUGGAACUCUCAAAUUACAAGCACUUAACACUCAUUGAUCUGAGUAACAACCAGAUCAGCACGUUGUCCAACUACAGCCUGAGUAACAUGACAGAACUACUGACACUAAUCCUGAGCUACAACCGUUUGAGAUGCGUACCAGUCAGGGCCUUCGAUGGACUCAAGUCUCUACGGUUACUGUCUCUCCAUGGAAACGACAUAUCUGUGAUACCGGAGGGAGCUUUCAAAGACCUGGCCUCGCUCUCUCACCUGGCUCUGGGGGCCAACCCCCUGUAUUGUGACUGUAGGAUGCAGUGGUUGUCUGACUGGGUGAAGAGUGGGUAUAGGGAACCGGGUAUCGCCCGCUGUGCCGGUCCUGGAGACAUGACAGACAAACUACUGCUGACCACACCAUCCAAGAAGUUCACCUGCACAGGUCCUCUAGAUGUGAGCAUCCAGGCGAAGUGUGACCCGUGUCUCUCCAACCCCUGUCACAACGACGGUACCUGCUCCAACCACCCCGUCACCUUCUACCGCUGUAGCUGCCCCUACGGAUUCAAGGGUCAGGACUGCGAGGAACCUCUCCAUGCCUGUAUCGGUAACCCCUGUCAGAACGCUGGUACCUGCCAUCUGAAAGAAGGGGAACGCAGUAACUCCUGGUGUGUGUGUGCGGAGGGUUUCGAGGGGGAUGUGUGUGAGAUCAACAUUGACGACUGUGAAGACAACGACUGUGAGAACAACUCAACCUGCAUUGACGGAGUCAACAACUACACCUGCAUGUGUGGCCUGGAGUACACGGGUAACACACACACACUGAAACACAGUGAGCUGUGUGAGGAGAAAUUAGAUUUCUGUGCUCCAGAGUUGAGCCCCUGCCAGCACGACUCCAAAUGCAUCCUGACCCUUCAGGGGUACAAGUGUGAGUGUACCCCAGGCUACGUGGGGGAUCAGUGUGAGCUGGACUAUGAUGACUGUGAGGAGAACAAGUGUCAGAACGGAGCUCAGUGUAUUGAUGCGGUCAACGGAUACACCUGUGUCUGUCCUGAGGGAUACAGUGGUCUGUUCUGUGAGUUCUCUCCUCCCAUGGUUCUGCCGCGCACCAGUCCCUGUGACGACCACGAGUGUAUGAACGGAGCGCAGUGCGUUGUCGUGGAGACGGACCCCCGCUGUCAGUGUCUCCAUGGUUACGAGGGCGAGUGGUGCGAGACGCUAGCCAGUGUCAACUUCGUCAACCGACGGUCUUACCUGCAGCUGCCCUCUAGUCUAAUCACACCUGAGACAAACAUCACACUACAGAUUGCUACAGAUGAGGACAGUGGUGUGUUGCUGUAUAAAGGAGACAAGGACCACAUUACCAUAGAGUUGUAUAGAGGACGUCUCCGCGUCAACUACCACACUGGAUCAAACCCUGCCUCUGCUAUAUACAGUGUGGAGACGGUAAAUGAUGGUGUGUUCCAUGUGGUAGAGUUGGUGGCAUCAGAUCAGACUGUGUCUCUGUCUAUUGAUGGAGGACCAGUCAAGUCUAUCAACUCUCUGAGUAAACAGUCAACACUCAGCAUCGAUUCUCCUCUAUACCUGGGAGGUAUGCCAGAUCGUUGGUCAGUCUCUGCAGCGCUGCAGUCUGGAGUUGGGGGUCAGAACGGGACCAGCUUCCAUGGCUGUCUCAGGAACCUCUACAUCAACGGACAGCUGCAGGAUCUCGGGGUCGGGCUGGAGCAGGGACAGACUGGCGUUGAGGCGGGAUGCCAGCCAUGCCAGGCAGGGGUGUGCGGCCAGGGUGAGUGCCACCCAACCGGUCAGAGAGAUUUCUCCUGUACCUGCCGCCCUGGGUGGACCGGAGACCAUUGUCAGGACCAGGUCAACAACCCCUGUGAUGGGAACAAGUGUAUCCAUGGUUCAUGUCUUCCUAUCAAUUCCUACUCCUACUCCUGUCGCUGCCAGCUAGGAUUCCUCGGGGUGCUGUGUGACGAGGCAGACCAGGAAGUGCUGGACCCCUGUCAGCUGACCAGAUGUAAACAUGGGAAAUGUAGGCUGUCUGGCCUGGGCAAGGCCUACUGUCAAUGUAACCCAGGAUACACGGGGGACGCCUGCGACAGAGAGGUGGUCUGUCGAGGGGAACGGUUCCGAGCUGUCUACCAGCUCCAGAGGGGCUAUUCGGCGUGUGAAACCCAGGAGAAGGUCUCCCGUCUAGAGUGCCGCGGCUCCUGUCCGGGGGGGGCUGAAGGGGGGGGCGGGAGCGGCUGCUGCUCCCCUUUACGUUCCAAACGCAGGAAAUACACCUUCCACUGCACCGACGGCUCCUCCUUCGUACAGGAAGUGGAGAAGGUGGUGAAGUGCGGCUGUACAAAGUGUCCUCCCUCGUAAAACGUCCCCCCUUUACCCUGGGAUGAAAGGUUCCGCCUCCUGUCUUUCUCUGGAAGGAAACCUCAUCCCUCUCUCCUCCUCAGACCUCAUCCCUCUCUCCUCCUCAGACCUCAUCCCUCUCUCCUCAUCAGACCUCAUCCCUCUCCUCCUCCCCCUCCGACUUCAUCCCCUUCCCUCUCUCCUCCUCCUCCGACCUUAUCCCCCUCUCCUCCUCAUCAGACCUCAUCCCUCUCUCCUCAUCCGACCUCAUCCCUCUAUCCUCAUCAGACCUCAUCCCUCUCUCCUCCUCCUCCGACCUCAUCCCCCUCUCCUCCCCCAACCUCAUCCCCCAACCUCAUCCCCCUCUCCCCCUCCGACCUCAUCCCCCUCUCCUCCUCCUCUGACCUUAUCCCCCUUUCCCCCUCCUCCGAACACAUCCCCCUCUCCUCCUCCUCUGACCUUAUCCCCCUCCCCUCUCCUCCGACCUCAUCCAACUCCCCCUCUCGUCCUCCAACCUCCUCUGACCUCAUCCCUCUCUCCCCCUCCUCCGAACACAUCCCCCUCUCCUCCUCCUCUGACCUUAUCCCCCUCCCCCUCUCCUCCGACCUCAUCCAACUCCCCCUCUCGUCCUCCAACCUCCUCUGACCUCAUCCCCCUCUCCUCCUCCAACCUCAUCCCUCUCUCCCCCUCCUCCGAACACAUCCCUCUCUCCUCCUCCUCUGACCUUAUCCCCCUCAUCCCCCUCUCCUCCGAUUUCAUCCCUCUUCUUUUUGUAAACCCCCCCAAAAGUCAAGACGAAACAAAGAAAAACUACAACAACAAAAAUAUAGCCAGCGCUGGACUGUUCACUGCCUCAGAGGAGAUGUUGAAUUAUAUUGUAAAAUACAAAAAAAAGGACUUAUUUUUAUUAUCAAGUGGAGAAAAAAGACUUAAAAACUCAACAAGCGGUGUUCCCACUGACGGACGACCACUUCCUGUUGUGUACUUCCUGUUUCCCGUGUUUCGUAUGAGUCCCUCUAUUAACCGUAGUACCACACACUCACCACCGGGUGGAGGUGUUCUGGUCUCAGGUCAGGGGGGAGACGGAGGGAACCCUUUCACGUAGAUGGUGUAGUUUUGUUAAGGUAGUAAUUAGGUUAAACCCCUUAGCCCCAUGCCUCCUCUCCUCUCCUGUGACAACCUGUCUGACCCAUGUACCUGCCUGACUCUUUUAAUAUAUAUUAAUUUAUAUUUGUCUCUCUUAUUUUUGUAUUAAAGGCAGUGAAAGAUUGACUAGAUUGACUAACAACAUAUCGUGUC